AUGAAGGUGGAUUAUUUUGUGAUAACUUUAGACAGAGUUGAUGGUGUGUUUAUGGCUGGAGAAAAACUGGAAGGAAAAGUUCAUCUUAGAGUCAGCUCUGGUAUUACAAUGAAAGGUAUAUAUUUGACUAUAGAAGGACGAGGAAAGUCAAAAUGGGAAGUGUAUCAGAGUGAUUCUAGUAAAACUUAUAAAGCUAAAGAAAUCUAUAUUGAUGAUGUUAGAUCAUUAUAUUCAGGAGGUGGUGCCUUUGUAAAAUUAAAUGCUGGAACUUACACCUACCCCUUCUCUAUCAACCUCCCCACAGAGAUCCCCUCGUCGUUCGAAGGGCGGAAGGGACAUAUUAGAUACAUGUGUCGUGUUGAAAUAGAAGGGAAGUAUAAAGAAGCUGAACAAAUUGAAAAAACAUUUACUGUAAUACACCCCCUAGAUUUAAACACUAUACAUACUGCUAAGGAACCAGGAUGUGUGCAGAAGGAAGAAAUGACAGAAGAUUGUUGUUGUGAAUCAGGAUUAGUUUUUAUUCAGUUAAAAACGGAGAAAUGUGGCUUCGUACCGGGCGAACAGAUACGAUUUACUAUCGAAUGUCAUAAUAAUACCCAGAAUUCUAUUGGUAACAUCGUACUAGAGCUACUACAGAAUGUAACAUAUACAGGUUAUAGUGAUAGUUUAUUUUCAUCGGGGCAACCGAAAUACUACACCAAAACAACACCUAUUGAGUUAUAUUCCUCGAAUAACUUGGUGGAAAGUCGGAAAUUUACGUCAAUCAAAGAGUCUGUGAUGUUACCGGCCAUGCCACCAUCUAAAUUAGAAUGCUGCAGUAUUAUGAGUAUAGAGUAUGAACUUAGUUUAAGUAUUGGUCACCAACCAGUGAGCUGUAGUAUGUUUGUAACCAUAGGAACAAUUCCGCUCCGAGAGAAUAUAGUCCGUGGAGCAAUAAUCAGACCUGGUGACCCUAGAACUAUUGCGCAAUCAGCAUCCAGUAUUGUUUCUCCCAGUCAUAUUCAUCCCCCUUAUCCUGACGCCCCACCAUCAUAUGAAGAAUGUGUUUUUGGUCGAAUGGUGACAUCCGAGGAUAAAAAUAGCCCUUCCCACAAUGCUUUGAAAUACACGCCAUCAUACCCGAUGCUCAAUUCUGCUGGCCAAUCACAAGCUGUUACAGUUCAGCCAUCAACUUCCAAUCAAGAAACAAUGGCGUAUCCAUAG